AUGUUUGGGCGAUUGAAGCAAAAAGUGAAGGAGAAGACUGGAAGAGCUCAAGCUACACAGUGAGUUGGGGGUUUUUGCAAGAGAAUGUAGGGUAAACCUAUUUUUCUAGACUUCCCGAUGAUGUUUCCCAAAUUUCCGAGUUCUACAAAGGUUUUCCGAAUCGUCUCAAACAUCUCGCCUCUGGUUUCAAUGAUUUGGAUUCGAUGCUCAAAGCGAAACAUCGUCAUGAAAUGGCCGAAGCAUUGAGUUGGGUUUCGGAGGCGAAUAAAGAGUUAGAUGUGAAAGGAUGUGUUGAAUUUCAUAAGAAGAGAGCGAUGCAAGAAGGUGAAUUGAUGGGAAAAAUAUCGAUGGAAACUGAGAAGUUGAAGAGCUAUCAGAAUCAGGAGUGUAAACAGCAUUCGCAGGUUUGUUUGGAGAAAAAAAACUAGGCGCUGCUUGUUUUUCUUUUUAAAAAGUUGGGCGGAGCUUAGCAGCGCCUAUGUAUAAAAUUGAGAGUGCAGAGAAAAAAAUAAAAGAAAAAAAACGACAUUCCGCUUGCCCGCUGUUUAGCGUAAAUAAAUUUUUCAACAGAAAAACAAGCAGCGCCUAUGUAUAAAAUUGAGAGAGUGCAGAGAAAAAUAGGCAGCGCCUAGAUAUGUAUAAAAUUAAGAGAGUGCAGAGAAAAAUAGGCAGCGCCUAUGUAUAAAAUUGAGAGAGCGCAGAGAAAAAAAUUAAAGAACAAAACGCGAAAAAUUAUUUUUCGAAAACAAAAAACAACGAAACAACGAUAUUCCGCUUGCCCGCUGUUUAGCGUAAAUAAAUUUUUCCACAGAAAAAGAAGCAGUGCCUAUGUAUAAAAUUGAGAGAGUGCAGAGAAAAAAUAAAAGAAAAAGACGCGAAAAAUUAUUUUUCGAAAACAACGACAUUCCGCCUGCCCGCUGUUUAGCGUAAAAGAGUUUUUUUCAAUUUUUCCACAGAAAAAUAUUUUUUUCCUCUAAAAUUCAGUAUAGAUAAUGAAAGUAGAAGUAUAAAAGUGUUUUAUCACGAUUAUGCCACCUGGAAUUUUUUGAAUUUCAAAAUUUUUGCAUUCCAGGCAGUUUCAAAUCUCAACAAAUGGCGUCUCAACAUGGAUUCUGCAAACGGAGCCUUCGAAUCGAAUCAAAGUGAUCAAAACAAGCUGAAAGUCGACAAUGCGACUCGAGAAUACGAGGAAGCGUGUAAUCGAAUUCGCGAGCUCUACAAAAAUAUACCGAGCGAGGAGGAGACUCAUCAAAAAAUUGUCACCACUUUGUGCCAAAAUAUUGCAGCACAUUACAAAAAUUGA